AACGUCAUGUUCUUUAAAGACAGUCGAGAAAUUUCGGGCCAAAGAAAAGAAAUUAUACAGUGAUUUCUGGAAAUAAAAAAAAAAGAUAUUUUUUUCACAGAUAAUACACGCGCGAAGGGGAUUCCCGGAAGAACAGCCUUUAACGACCACUCGAACUCAGUGUAACAGAAAUUCAAAUACUGUCCGUCACUCCCGAAAUCCGAAACCUGAAAUUUAGUUCCCCCGAUCGGAACCCGCUGAUACCCAUCAUGUCUCUGCGCGAUCCUUCGUCGUGGAUCGGCCCGUCCCUCUCGAGAGCUCUCGUACCGACCUCGCCAUCUCCCAAGAGAUCGAGGAGCGCCGGCUGCGCCGUCGUCAGGUCCAUGGCCGCCGACAGAGCCGCCGCCUCCGCCGCCGUUUCUGCUUCGCCGAGGCGGCCCAUCUCCGCCUUCGAGGCCCGGGUGACGCUCGUGUUCGCUCUCGCUUCUCAGGCCUCUUCCGUCUCCCAGCGACUUCUGGUGGAUUUGGCGACUGAAACCGCGAAAUACGUGUUCCCGAAGAGGUUCGAGAGCCGCAAUUUGGAGGAGGCUUUAAUGGCAGUUCCAGAUCUUGAGACCGUGAAGUUCAAAGUUUUGAGCAGGAGAGACCAAUAUGAAAUAAGAGAAGUGGAGUCUUACUACAUAGCGGAAACGACAAUGCCUGGAAAGACUGGAUUUGACUUCAAUGGGGCUUCUCAAUCCUUCAAUGUCUUAGCCGAGUACCUCUUCGGUAAGAACACAACAAAGGAGCAAAUGGAGAUGACUACUCCUGUUUAUACACGCAAGAGUCCAUCUGAUGGAGAGAAAAUGGAAAUGACGACACCUGUAAUAACAAAGAAGGUGGAAAAUGAAGGGAAGUGGCAGAUGUCCUUUGUUAUGCCCUCAAAGUAUGGUGCGAAUAUACCAUCACCUAGAGAUCCAUCAGUAAGGAUUAAAGAGGUUCCACAGAAAAUUGUUGCUGUUGUCGCCUUUUCAGGUUUUGUUACUGAUGAAGAAGUUAAACAGCGGGAGUUAAAACUUAGAGAUGCUUUGAAAAGCGAUGGAGAGUUCAGAAUAAAAGAAGUACAAUCCACCUUUUACACUGCCUUUUACACGUCGUAAUGAGGUUUCCUUGGAGGUGGAAAGGAAGGAACAGUAGCUCCUCUCUGGAAAUUUUAGAACUUGGAGGAAUGGUGUAUAAAUAACAUCUUAUCCUUUGUAAAGUAGAAACUACCUGUGUAUACAUAGAAAGGUUCUUAUUCUUUUAUCUUUUGUUCUACGAUUGCAGCACAAUCCACCUUUUGCGCUACCUUCUACACAUUGUAAUAAGGUUGCCCCAGGGGUGGAAAGGAACAGUAGCUCCUCUCUGGAAAUCCUAGAACUUGGAGGAAUGGUGUAUAAAUAACCUCAUAUCCUUUGUGAAGUAGAAACUACGUGUGUAUAUACGUAGAGGUGAACGUGGGUACUUUGAGCCAGAUAUAUUUUGUAAACCAGAGGACUAUAUGGAACUGGGAGUUCUGAAUGUCCUGAAAGAUUUCAUGUCAAUGAAAACUCUUUCAUAGCUAA